AUGCCUUGGCCCUUGACUGCCAUCGUCGUCGUAUUGUGCUGUUGUAGUGCGAUUGUUGCGUUCGCAAUAGACGAUCAGGACCCCACAUGGAGCGAGUCGCUGGUCCAUGCAACCGUGGUGAGUGGAGAGUGAGAAAAAUGAGAUUUUUUGGGGUCGUUUGAAGGGAAAAUUUAAUGAAAAAGGAUUGGGGAACAGUACAGUGGGGGACCUGAUCCAGUGGCAAAAAACGUGCCAUUCUGCAUCCGGGAAGUAUCAAAAAUGUGGCAAAAUGCCUCCCUAUCCAAGUGAAAAAACUUCGUUUUGACAGGCGCGCCCUUUUUUCUUCACAAAAAGAACGGGCGGGCUUUUGAAACGAGAGUUUUUUCACUUGCAGAGUGAGGUAUUUUGCCACAUUUUUUGAUGCCUCCUGGAUGCAAAAUGGUACGUUUUUUGCCACUGGAUCAGGUCCCACGCUCUACGUAAGAGCUUUAUUCAGCGUGAUGAUUAAUUUCACUGCGAUAUUUAGCUAGAAAAACCCGGAAAUUUAGCAAAUAAGAGGGGUUUUUACCCUCACAAGGCAAGUAGUAUUUCAAGUCUCACAUUUUCGUCAAAGUUUGCACACAUGUCAGACAUAGUCCUUUUAUCAAUUUCUGAAAGUUUUAGCUCGCGCUUUUCAGCCCCCGCCGAAAUAUUCGACGAUCUUUGUGGCCGAGAGAGUACGCAAAACGCGGAGGCGGUCAGAGAGGAAAACGCUUUUUGACCAUAACUUUGCCAGUUUUGCUGCGAAAAAAUUGAUUUUUUGUGGAAAUAUUACUCUCUACGGUAGAAAUUGAUAAUAAAAUUUUUGGGCUAAAAAAUCGCAAAAAAAAUUCAAAAUUUUUCCUUUUUUGACCUAAAAAUCAACUAUUUUGGAGACCCAAAAAGUCAAUUUUACACCAAGAGAAACCUUCGUACAAUAACUUCUUUCGUUAACAAAAUUUUUUUUCGGCCUUUGUUUCUCAUUGCGCAGAUUUUUUUUUUUUCAAUUUUUCUCGUCUUUUUUCUAAUUUUUGACCAUUUUAUUUUUCGUCAUUUCAGCUCUUCCGGCAUGGCGCUCGCUCCCCGAUGUGGUUCAUCCCCAACGACUUCGACAAUCGCCUCGAAACCUGGCCCGAGGGCCUCAGCGCCCUCACCGCGCUGGGCCGGCGACAGAUGCUCGAAUUGGGCCGAGUCAUGCGCCAACGGUACGGCCAUUUCGUUGAUGACCAGUUCAGCCCGCAAGAAGUGUAUGUGAGGAGCACGGCGAACGAUCGAACGCUGAUUUCGGCCAACAUUUUUUUAUCAGGGUUUUAUGAGCGACAAAAAAAUGAGAGCAAAUUUGGAUUUGUCGCUGUCCCCGUGCACACAAAGCCCGUCGAAGAGGAUAAAGUGAGAUUUCAAGGGGAUUUUUUAACAAUUUCAAGACGAUUUUUUAACAAGGGAACUACCCCAAGUGCGACGCUCAGAUUUUCGUCAAAUUUUGCACACAGAUCGGGCAUAGACUAAAUAUCAAUUCCUGAAAAUUUUAGCUCACGCUUUGCAAGCGCCGCUGAGAUAUUGAACGAUCUUUGCGGCCGAGAGAGCACGCAAAACGCGGAGAGCGGUCAGAGAGAAAACGCUUUUUGGCCAUAACUUUGGCAGUCUCGUGCGGAAAAAUUUGACUUUUUGUGGAAACAUUACCCUCUAUGGUAGAAAUAGCCAUGAAAAUUUUCAUGCUAAAAAAUCGCAAAAAAAUGUCAAAUUUUCAUCGAUUUUUAAUCUAAAAAUCUCGGUUGUUUCUGCAAAGCGCGAGCUAGGAUUUUCGCACAAAAUUUUAGAAUUUUUUUUGUUGAAUAAAAAAAUUUUUUCAGGAGCUAACUUUCUACGUGAAAUGCCCCACUGCUGACGAUAUUUUUGAAAAAUUGAUGUACGAAAAUGACAAGUUCAUCAAUCUGGCUGAAAAAUCAGUCCACGCCGUGACCUAUCUCUCCAGAAUGGGCGGUUUUUCCAAGGUGCCGCUUCCAUUGCGGGAUUUUGUCCAACUUUAUGAUCCAUUGAAGAGUGAGGUAAGUUGAUGUCUAGUGUAAUAUAAAAAUCGCAACUUUGAAAUCAAUUUUUGGAAGAAAAAAAGAAAAUAGGCGCAAAUUUGGAGUGAAAUUUUUUUAGGCACGUUUGAAAUUUGGAGCUCGAUUUAUGACUAAAGAAUGCAGAUUUUUAGAUCAAAAUUUGGAAAAAUUUUUUUUUGCGAUUUUAAUUUGAAAAAAUUAGGGUACUUUUUGGGAUUAUGAAGACAAUUUCUCCAUCAAAGAGCGUUUUUUCCCAGCGAGACUUUUUUUAAACCGCCAAAAAAAAUUCUGUCUAGCCGACUCUCAUCAUUUUGCAUGCUCUCUCUCAAAAAAAAGAUUGCGUAAUAUCCCAGCUGUGGUUGCAAAAGGCAAGCUGAAAUUUUCAGUGAUUGUUAACUAUGCUAUUUAGAGUAUAUGUGGAAAAUUUGAAGAAAAUCGGAGGGUACCCCAUUGAGUACUAGCCAUUUAAUCUUUUUUUUGAACCUUUUUCAUCGGUUCGCAAAAAAAUUGAUUUUUAGAAUUUUAUUGAUAAAAUGUAGAAGCCAGCGCAUUAUCAUAGACAAAAUAAGAGUCUUGGCCACACAAAAAAACAAUUUUCAGAAAGUCCACAACCGUCAAUGGCCUUACUGGAUCAACGAAUCUUUAUUCGAUGAGAUUGAGAGGUCGUAUGAUAUUGGAAGCUAUUUGCUGGUCGACGAUGACCGAUUGAAACGCCUCCGAGUUGGUCCAUUAUACAAGGAGAUCUUGGAGAGGAUAGAGAACAUCAAUUCGAAUGGAUCAACUCGGAAAAUGCACUUGUAUUCGUGCCAUGACACAACUUUGGGCGGAAUUUUGGCAACGCUGGGAAUGGAGGCGAAAACGGUCAGUUUUCGGGGGAAAACUAGAGGAAAGGUUGAUGACACGAGAUAGUAUAGAGUGUCUAAAUCAUCUAUGUGCUUUUUAUUUUUUCCAAAAAAAGAUUUUUUUGGAGAAAAAUUUAAAUUUUGGCCAUUCUAAAUCUUGAUGAUUUUUUAAAAUUUUUUGGUUUUUUGCGGUAAAAUACGAAAUAAUGAUGGUAAAUUAGGCAUCUACACUAAAUCUAUAUAGCAUUUGGCAACAUUUUAUGACAUUUUUUAAAUGAAAAUACCGAUUUUUUCUGAAAUUCUUUUAAUUUUUCGCUAAAAUGGCACUUUUUUGCUGUCAAUUCAAAUUUUUACUGUCUAAACCAUUUUAAUUAGCAUCAAAUUGCCUUUAAAUUGACUUCUACUCUCUUUUACAAUCUUUUGAUUACAGUACCCGCAAUUUGGUGCAUCACUAAUUAUUGAAUUUCACAAAAACUCCACUUCAAAUUGGCUCCGUUUUUUCUACCGAGAAGGAUUUUCCAAUUCCACUAAUUUCGAUGAGCUGUUCCCAAAAAAUUGCCUCUGGCCGUGUUCGCUGGAGAAGCUGCAUGGGUUUGUGAGGCCUUUCAUUCCGCAGAAUUGGGAGGCCGAGUGUGGAUUUGAUUGGGCGAUUCGACGCGAAAAAGUGCUCAAUCACACGAUUUUAACGGACAAUCACGAUGUUGUUGGGCAAACUGGUGGGUCUUGAUGUUUUUUUUCACGUGGUAAAAAGUAUAAUCUUUCAAAUUGAGCAAAAAAUCAUAUGAAAAAUCGAUUUUUUGCAUGAAAUUGGGGCUUUUUCCAAUAAGGAACUGGGACGAUUGGGGAAACCAAAAAGUAUUAUUUUUCUACGAUGCAAGUGUCGAAAUUGGGAUAAUCGAGGGUGCUGAUUUCGGAAAUGCUAAAAAACGGUGUGACAAUUUUUGAAAUGAUGUUGCAAGUAAUUGUACUGCCUUCUCGAUGAAAUUAAAAUCAUUUUAUCUACUUGAUUUUAAAAAAAUUAUCCGAAAAAUUCAAAAAAAAAUCCAAAAAAAUUACUUAUUGAAACGGAGUUGGACGAUUGGGGAAACCGAAAAGUAUUAUUUUUCUUUGAUGCAAGCGUCGAAAUUAGGAUAAUCGGGGGUGGUGAUUUCGAAAAUGACAUUCAUCUUUUUUUGAUCCAUACUUUUUUCCUUAAGUAGUGCUGUAAAGUAGUAAUUUUUCGAAUUUUUUCAUGAAUACUCGGUUUAGGGGUUUUCGACGGUGCAGAUUUCAAAAUUUCAAAUCAGAAAAAAUGAAUAAGAUUUUCGAAAUCAGCACCAUUGAAACCCUCCAAAUCGAGUAUUCGUGAAAGAAAUUCAAAAAAUUACUACAUCACAGUACUACUUAAAGAAAAAAGUAAGGAUCAAAAAAAAAUGAAUGUCAUUUUCGAAAUCAGCACCCUCGAUUAUCCUAAUUUCACACUUACAUCGAAGAAAAAUAAUACUUUUCGGUUUCCCCAAUCGUCCAACUCCGUUUCAAUAAGUAAAUUUUUUGGAUUUUUUAAAAAUUUUCGGUUAAAUUUUUUAAAAUCAAGUAGAUAAAAUGAUUUUAAUUUCAUCCAGAAGGCAGUAAAAUUACUUGUGACAUCAUUUCACCCAUUAUCACACCGAUUUUUCGGCUGAAAAAUCGAUUUUUUCACUUUUUUUGACAAAACGCUUUAGUUUUUUUCCAAAAAAUCUCCAAAUCACUGUCAAAACCAUUCCAGAUCGCCUCUUAAAGCAACGUAAUUUUCCUACUUUCUUUUCAGCGGUGAUGGGAAUACAACUUGUGACUAUUGUGGCGUUAAUUUUAAUUAUUAUCAUUCAAUGCAUCACCAUUCGAAGGGAACAUGGGGUGUUCAUUGUGAAUGGGAAAUAA